AUGCCGCACCCCACACAUGGCUUCGAAUGGUACUUGGAGAUGCUUUCCAAGGCAGGGACACCAGAGGACUUGCACGAACGGUCUCUCAAGAGGCUUAAGGAAUGCGGCAUUCAAAGCCGGAAAGAUUUAGUAAAGGCGCAUCUUUCCCGCAGACGCAAUGGCCGUGAUUUUGGAUUGGCUGAUUUGGAAAUCCCAACAGAGCACCGGGAUAACCUGAUCGCCAUCCUGAAGAAGCCUUCGCUGCCCGCAGACCACCAAGAGACCAUGGUGUGCAAUUCUUUGUCAAGCUUUGUGUACACGCCUGCAGGCGAGGACACAGAUGCCAUUGCCCGCUUCAAGGAGCGACAUAAGCCCCUGCUUUUCCUGCACGCGCAAUGCCCAGAAACAUCGCAGAAGUACAUUUGCUGUGUUGUGAAUCCUUCAGGCAGGCUAUGCUUAUUUGUUGCCUUUGCUGGCACGCACACAGGGCCAGAUCGGACCACAAAUCUGAGCCUCUCCCCUGUGUCUGAACCGAAGCUAGGUGGCAAGGUGCACGGUGGAUUCCUCGAGCGAUGCCGCUGUCUAAAGUUCCAGUUCAUUCACAGAAUGGUCGAACACUUUGGAUGUGACGCCAUCAUUUUUACGGGGCACUCCUUAGGGGGUGCUGUUUCCCAUCUCAGCUGCCUUUCGGCGAAGCGCUUGGAAGAGUUUGCAAGGCUCGAAAUCCGGAUCUGCUCCGUUGUGUUUGGAGCACCUCUGUGCGUAUGUGAGCAGGUGGCAAAGGACGUGGCGCGGCAGGGAUGGACUGAUUCGUUUGUGAACAUUGUCAACCUCGACGACCCUGUGCCUCGACUGCUCAACUUGACGGAAAGCCUAGCUGAGCUUUGCCGCUCAGGUUCAGAGCUGCUUGGUGAUGCUGCCGACAUCGUCAAGCAAGUCGUAAGCUGCCUCAUGGGUUCUGAGGGGGUCGUGACGCUGCUGACGAAAUUUUUCAUGACUGAUGCACUAAGCUCGCGCUUGAAGCAGUUGAUUGAGCAUCCGGCUUCCAGACGCCUGGCUAAGAUGGUUGACGUUUACAGGUCAAUCGGCGUCUACAUUUUCAUUGAGUCGUCUCAUGAUGACCAAUACGAAUGCUCUUGGUCAGAGGGCUUGGAUGUCCUCAGGCAUUUGGGACCAGCCAAACUUCUGAACGACCGGGUCAGCUUGAGUGGUUUCACAAGCGACAGCAUUCGCAGGCAUGACAUCGAUUCCUACCAAGUCGUUCUCCGGGCCGUGGCCGACUUUCUUGAUGUUGAUGUCGCACCGGCCGUGGCCGACUUUCUUGAUGUUGGUGUCGCACCGGCUCUGGAACGGCUUGGCUCAUUCUUGUCGGAAGGUUCUGGAACCUCUGGAACCAACCCCGAUCUCACGGUUCAGGUGCACUGUGUCAAGGUAUGCCUUGACGAGGAGGGGCAGUCGGUUGUGUAUGGAGUUGUCGGCAAGAACCUCGAUCUCCUGGGAAAGGCUGGAAUCGAGUUGGAUUGUGAUGGCCAGUACGUAGCUGCCACCGCUACAUCAAUGUUGCUCCAGACAGAUACAGCCCUCAAGCUCCAUCAGGAAGGAGUUCAACAGGCGGACAAGCUGAAGCUAAGCAAGAGACUCCGCUUCCGACCUGAUGUGGGGCAGAGCAUCGACUACGACUUGCACGCUCAUGAUUUCGUCACUGAUACAGCUGCACUGACGGCCGUUGCUGCCGAUGAGGAGUUGUGUUUUGACAAAAAGCUAAUCCGGCGCAUGAUGAAGCUGGCUUUUCUCGCGGAGCACUAUUUGGGCAACACGAAACUCAUGGAAUUGGUCUGCCAGUUGGAUUCCCUCGGGCCUGGAGGCUCCUUUGGACUUGCACAGCACCUCAUGAAGGCGAAACGCGACCCAGCUGAGGCCCUGUGCCUGAUUGCUGAAGGCGAGGAUGCCCAUGCAAUGAUUGCCGAGGUUCAUGACAUGAUCUGUCCCCCGGGUGGCUUGCAGCUAGCCAGCACAAGUAAAUGGUGGGCAAGAGGCAUCUUUACCGUGGCCGGGUUUGCUGCUAUUGGCCUGAGCAUGUGGUGGUCCGGCGGCCUCAGCCUGUUGGUUCCAGCUAUUUUUCCAUCCACCGGAGGCUAUCUCUCAGCAACUUGCUCUAUUUCCGCCACAGCUGGUAUCCACUACAUGCUGUCAGAUGAUCGGCUGCCGGGCCAAUACAACACGAUGCUGGACGUGUAUCUUGAGGAGUCAGGCUUGACGAUAAAAGAAAGUCCUGAGCUCCUAGUUGCGACAGAGUUUGCAAAGGAGAAGAUACUGCUAGGGCGCGUGGAAGCGGCAAAGCGCGAGAAAAGGUCAGUUUGGAAAGGCCGCUUUGCAGAUCUGCGGCCCUCGGCUUUGAAGAAGAUUGACAGCACCUUGGAUGCUAUCAAGAUCAUUCAUGACAGCAAGGGUGUUGCCAGUGUCCCAAUGGUUUUCAUUUCUGGUCCAGCCAAUGGUGGCAAGACUACUCUAGUCUCGCAGCUGCUGAUGAGUCCAGAGGUUGCCCAUGGAGCAGGUUACAACAUUGAAAGCCGCACUACACAGGUGCAGGCCCGGGUUUGGGGAGAGGGUGCCUUUGUCAUUGACACCCCAGGCCUUGAUGCUGCUCAGAAAGACCUCAUGCGAAAGUUCGAAGCCGGAACGUGCACAGCCAAAGCGUAUGUCUACAUACGCACCUUCCAAGGGCCGGAGCAGCAGGACGAUCUCAGGAACCUGCUCGUAACUUUGGACCAGGCUUCCAGCCAGAAGCCUCACAUCCUCAUCUUACUGAACCAAGUGAUCGACAGGAGGAGGCAAGCGGACGGCACCGAACUUUCUGUCGACGAGCUCAUGGACAUCAAGCACAGUUUUCUAUCAAACCUUAAGGAUGAAUAUGAGAAAAAACGAACGAGUCAGUACCGUGGCACCAAGAUGGAGAGUUUCUUGGCCCGCUACUUCUCAGGAAGGUUUUCCAACGUGCUGGUUCGCUUCGCAGACCUAAGCCGCAGCCGGGAAGCCAUCAAAUCAGUGGCACCAGAUCUGGAGGAUCACAUCCUGGAUGCAAGAGGUGUUGCGGAGUGGUGUCAAAAUGUCCUGGAUCCAAAACGGACGAACAGCUCCUUGGACCGGUCUGUGAAUGACAUCGAUUGGACACGUUGGGCGAUGCAGCGCCGUGCUUACGAAGAGGAGUGGAGGAAGGAGCAGGCAGCUCAAACCGCGAGGGGCGCUAUGUGA